AUGACAAACAAGACGAUGAACAUCGAUAUGUUUCAGAACAAUUCUAAGACUUCGCACCAAGAUGUUGGAGGGAUGCCGAACUUGACACAAGUUCCUACCUCUAUCAUUCUGUCUGCUGAACCAUUCGAGAGACUUUACCUGAGCCCCAUGAUGCACCGCCAGUCGUCCUUGACGAAGAACCUUGGUAAUCCCACUCCGCUUGGACUUGGAGCAUUCGUUCUCACUGCCUCGCCAUUAUCGUGUUGUUUGAUGACCUGGAGAGGUGCUGGUGGAGGAGGUGCUGCAUUUAAUGCGGUUUUGAUCCUGUUCGGAGGUCUACUUUUAAUACUCUCCAGCAUCCUCGAAUUCAUCCUUGGAAACACAUUCUCUUCUGUUGUUUUCGGUCACCUUGGUGCAUUUUGCUUGGCAUUUGGUGCUAGCAUGACUCCGGCAUUCAACGCGGCAGCCCCAUACUCUCCCUCGACGACUGAUCUCGUAGCAGGGCUUCAUAGUCCUGGAUAUACAAAUACCUUUGCGUUCUUCCUUGUAUUUAUGGCGGUAUUGAUGUUAAUCUACACUCUCUGUGCGACACGCACGAACCUAGUAUACGUGAUUCUGUUCGCGGACCUUGUCGUUGUUUUCUCCCUCCUGGCUGCAGCCUAUUGGAAAUUGGGUAGGGGUGAUGCGAGUGCUGGUGAACGUUUGACAGUGGGUGGCGGAGCUGCUCUAUUCCUAGCGAGCAUGCUCGGAUUCUAUCUGUUGACGGCACAAUUACUUGACUCUGUUGGGUUCCCGCUCUAUCUGCCAGUUGGCGACCUGAGCGGAGCAUGGAACCGUCAAAAGAGCAAGAAUGGUUCACAGUUUGUUGACGAGAGAAACGACGAGGUGUAG